CCGGCCAAAGACGGAACUCUCUGUCUCCCGGGUGAACCUGGUUGGGGCGACGCGCGGCGACGUGUGCAGGUCCACCCGCACACAGACAUGGGGCGCAGGAAGUCCAAGCGGAAGCCGCCCCCCAAGAAAAAGAUGACCGGCACCCUGGAGACGCAGUUUACCUGCCCCUUCUGCAACCACGAGAAGUCUUGCGACGUGAAGAUGGAUCGAGCCCGCAACACUGGAGUCAUCUCCUGUACAGUGUGCCUGGAGGAGUUCCAGACGCCCAUCACCUAUCUGUCAGAACCCGUGGAUGUCUACAGUGAUUGGAUAGACGCCUGCGAGGCAGCCAAUCAGUAGCGAGGAGGAGGACCUGCCCCUUAGCCACCCACUUUCCCUGGCCCCAAAGGCCUGGGAGAAGUGCCAGAGACAUUCCAGGGGUGGCAGGGGCCGGGUCCGCCUUCUGUGUGCGUGUGUGCCUGUAUGUGCCUGCGUGUGCAGUGAGGGGCACCGGUGAGGUUGUGGAGUGACUGACUGCCCUGUUUUUCUUGUGGCAUCUCCGAAGGGUCCGAGCUCCUGGGCCUUGUGCACUUGGGCACUGGAACUACACCCCUUCACCACCUUCUGGGGUGGUCUCACAAAACUCAGCCCCUGGCCCGGUGCAGGGGAGGCGUUUUAGCAGCUUUUCCUGGGGAUCGUAUGUUUUGGAUCAGGAAAAUCUGUGUGUUUUUUGACCUGUAGUAAAAGCACCAAUGGAAUUCA